UUAAGAGCAUGAACCUCAUUUUAAAAGGAAGAUCCAAUCCAGUUACUCAAUUGACAAACGAUAAAUACGUAAAAAAAUAAAAAUAAAAAUAAAAAAUCUCAAAACGAUGUCGUAUAAUCGGUGAUCACAGUAACAUUAGGUUGCAAGAGAAGAAGAAUCAGGAGAAAGAAAUCAUACAAUUAUCAUCAUCAACCAUGGCAGGUAGAUUGACGAAUGCAGCAUCGAAGAUCUUGGGUGGAAACGGCGUCGUUUACCGAUCCGUAGCUUCCUCUCUACGCCUUCGCUCCGGCAUGGGCCUCCCGGUCGGCAAACAUAAUGUUCCAGACAAACCCCUUCCCGUGAAUGACGAACUUGUGUGGGACAACGGCACUCCAUUUCCUGAACCUUGUAUAGAUCGCAUUGCUGAUACUGUCGGAAAGUAUGAAGCAUUGGCUUGGCUGUGUGGGGGAUUGGGGUUUUUUGCUUCACUGGGAUUAUUGGCUGUGUGGAAUGACAAAGCCUCCAAGAUACCCUUUACACCCAAAGAAUAUCCAUAUGACAAUCUGCGAGUGGAGCUUGGUGGUGAACCAUAGGUAGAUCCAAGGCAAUUAUCGAAUCAGAAGUUCCUGUUUGACGUAAUUGUCUCUUGGUUUAUUUGUGCUCUUGUGUAGUUCAAAAUAAUGGAUCAUGAAGGACUUGCUGAAACCAACCACAGGAAUGGAAGAGCUCAGUCUGAUUGUUUCUUUUGAUUAUUCUCAUGCAUAUGGUGGUUAUUGUA